UUUCAAACUUAUUGGAGUCAAAGAAUCUUACUGAAAGUUAUUGCAAGAAAUCAAGUCUCACUUCUGAAGAAGAAAAAGCAGACAAGGCUAAUAUUAACUCUAGUAAUGUCGAAAUGAUCCCUUUGAAGGAAAAAGUAGUUAAGCUUCUACUGACAAAAUAAGAAAUAUUCAACUAGUUGAGAGCAGAAAUUAGAAGAACACCUACCCUCCAACUGUUGGCAAUUAGUUACAGAAAAAUGGAAAUAGUCUGGAGACUAUCUUGGUUCAUUUAUCCAAGACUCAAAUUAAGGUAGCCCAAGAAGCUUCUGAUUCAUUUAACAAUAAAACUGAGUAUGUGUCAAGACUAAGUGAAUUCAAAAAGAAAAUAAGAAGCAUGGGGGUCUCACUGUUCUACUAAAA